CUUUCAGUCUCAGCAUCCAGGUCAUUUUCCUCAUCUGAACCUACAAUAUCCGCAGCCCCGCAAGGAACAUCAUGUCACUGCACAAGGUCCCCUUAUCGUCCGCCAUCCAGAUUAGCAGGAUUAUGCGUCCUGAUGAUGCCAAUAUUGCAGGAAAUGUUCAUGGAGGAACCAUUUUGAAAAUGAUUGAAGAAGCCGGAGCUGUCAUAAGUACACGUCAUUGUAACAGCCAGUCUGUGGAGCGAUGUGUAGCUGCCUUGGCUCGUGUAGAACGCAUUGACUUCUUGUCACCGAUGUGUAUUGGAGAAGUAGGUCAUGUCAGUGCUGAAAUUACCUAUACAUCAAAGCAUUCUGUGGAGGUUCAAGUUAACGUUAUGGCAGAAAACAUAUUAACAGGUACUAAUAAAUUGACCAGCAGGGCGAGCUUAUGGUAUGUUCCUUUGUCUCUUACAAAUGUGGAAAAAAUUAUUGAAGUUCCUCCAAUUCAGUAUGAAAGGAAGGUGCUAGAAGAAGAAGGAAGAAAACGUUAUGAAGAACAAAAAUUAGAGCGUAUGGAAACAAAGAGAAAAAAUGGAGAUGUGAUUUUGCCUGUCCUUAAUCCAGAACAAUACACAGUUGGAUACAGUCAGUCCAGUCUGAUUCAUUUAGUGGGACCAUCGGAUUGUACAUUGCACGGUUAUGUUCAUGGAGGGGUCACCAUGAAAUUAAUGGAUGAAGUGGCUGGCAUUGUAGCUUUCCGUCACUGCAAGACCAACAUUGUUACAGCUUCUGUGGAUGCCAUCAAUUUCCAUCGCAAGAUUCAGAAAGGUUGCAUCAUCACUAUAUCUGGUCGUAUGACAUUCACUAGCAAUAAAUCUAUGGAGAUUGAGGUAUUUGUGGAUGCGGAUAAUCUAGUUGGGGAAUCUCAGGAAAAAUAUCGAGCAGUCAGUGCCUUCUUUACCUUUGUUUCUCUGAGCAAAGAAGGAAAACCUCUGCCAAUACCUCAACUAGUGAUUGAAAGCGAUGAAGAAAAGAAACGCUUUGAAGAAGGAAAAGGACGCUAUCUGCAAACAAAAGCCAAACGACAGGCGCAUACACAAUCUCUGACCCAACAAUGAGGGUUUUAUUAAAGUAUUAGUUGACAGCCCCAGGAAAUGAUAUUUAAAAAGCCACCAGAAUUAUCAAUUUGAGAAACAGUGUUAUGUGAUGUAACUGUGUACGUGAUAUCAUUUAUGCUUUGCACUUUUUUCCUACAGAAAUGCCUUACUGAUUAAUUAGUUGGAAAGAGUCAGACAUUGAAUAUAGGAAUAGCAGAUGGAUUUAAAAAUAUUGGAUCUCUAGCUCAAAAAUUUAAAGGGACAUUGUACUCCAGAGUUUUUCAUAAGAGCAACAUCUUAAAGGGACACUGUACCCAAAAUUUUUCUUUCGUGAUUCAGAUUGAGCAUGACAUUUUAAGCAACUUUCUAAUUUACUCCUAUUAUCAAAUUUUCUUCAUUCUCUUGGUAUCUUUAUUUGAAAUGCAAGAAUGUAAGUUUAGAUGCCGGCCCAUUUUUGGUGAACAACCUGGGUUGUCCUUGCUGAUUGGUGGAUAAAUUCAUCCACCAAUAAAAAAGUGCUGUCCAGAGUACUGAAACCAAAAAAAGCUUAGAUGCCUUCUUUUUCAAAUAAUGAUAGCAAGAGAACGAAGAAAAAUUGAUAAUAGGAGUAAAUUCGAAUUUUGCUUAAAAUUGCAUGCUCUUUAUGAAUUACAAAAGAAAAAAUUUGGGUUCAGUGUCCCUUUAAACCUAAAUUUUAUCAUUCAUAAUUCAGAUAGAGAAUGCAAUUUUAAACAACUUUCUCAGUUACCUCUAUUAUCUAAAUUGCUUCAUUCUUCAGAUAUCCUUUGUUAAGAAAUAGCAAUGCACAUGGGUAAGCCAAUCACACAAGGUGUCUAUGAGAAGCUACCAAUCAUCAUCUACUAAGCCUAUCUAGAUAUGCUUUUCAGCAAACAAUAUCUAGAGUAUGAAGCUAAUUAGAUAAUAGAAGUAAAUUAGAAAGUUGUUUAAAAUUGCAUGCUCUUCCUAAAUCAUGAAAUAAAGAAUUUGGGUUUCAUGUCCCUUUAAUAUGUUUGUUUUACUUAUGAUAAAAAGUGGUUUUUUUUUAUUUUGCAACUAAUAUAGAUGUGUCAUUUUUCUACUUACUAUUAAUUUGCAUUCCUUCUAGUUCUCAUUGCUAUACGUACUUCCUGUUAAAGGGAUAUGAAAUCCCACAUUUUUCUUUAAAGGUACAUUCUGGUCAAAAUUUCAAUGUACACAGAUGAAUUACAGCUUUAAAAUAUACACAUUUGUAAUAUACAUGCAUUGGCAAAAAAUGUUUCUAGUAUAAGCUAUCACUGUUUUAAUUAGCAUUUAUCUCUGUGUGUGCAUGUGAACCAUUGCUAGGUAUUGUCAGUGUACCAGCAUUUUAAAUACUGCAGCUGCUCAGAACAGCAGUGGGGCUUGUAUCAUGUAAGCAAUUAACAAAUUAGUUCAUUAUCAUAUGAUACAAACACCUUAGUAUAGUGUUUAAAAUGAUGGUGCACAGUGCAUACUUAAAUACACAUUUAAAAAAACAGCUAUAGCUUUUAUUAGAACCCUUUUUCCUUAUAUAUGUAUAUUACAAAAAUGCUUCUAUUCAAAACUUAAAUGCAUCCAUGUGGAUUACAAUUUUGGCUGGACUAUCCCUUUAAACUAUAGGAUUUACCAGUGCCAUAAAUAAAGGGGACUUUCAGUCAUGAAGUAUAAAAAAAAAAUAAUGCUGAAAGUUCAUUUAUUUGCAGCAAGUUUAUGCUGAGCUGAGCGCUUCCGACCACCCACCACAAAAUAAUAUUUCAUCAAUAAGGUGGUGUUUCCACCUCUUAUCCAAUAGCAUGGUAGCCAAAGGGCAAGCACAGCUAUUGGCUAAGAGGUGGAAAUUUCACCUCAUCGCAAAAUAGCAUUUUGCAGUGGGCAGUCUGAGUUACUCAGGUCAGCAUAAACUCACGGCAAAUAAAGGAACUUUCAGAUUAAAGUUUUUUAUACUUCAUGACUGAAAGUUCCCUUUAUUUAUAGCACUGGUUUAAAAAACGCUAGGAUUUUACCAUCUCUUUUUAAGAUUUCAUUAUUGACUGCAAGGUAUAAUGACAAAAUCAUAUUGGUUCACCUUUUCAUUGCCUCACCCCACAAUGUCUUGAAAUGUGUGCUAUAUAUUCUCUUGCUUGCUCAGGGUGCUCAAUUCACAUUUCCUUUUCUUUUAACAAGCAGUAGUAUCUAUGCAGUUACCAAAGCGCUUACUUUAGCUGCUUUCACCUGUACUGUACAUGGUAGGUUUAAACCCCCUUAGACCUUAGGACGAAUAAUGGUAGUAUGACAUCCAAUGCAUGAUUAAGGACAGUUAUAUAGUUGAUUGUUGCACUGUUGCCAAAUGGUAGGGUGGAUAUAUUUCCUCUUUAACACAGGACACAUGAAAAAAUACAUAUGUCAGGGCUGUUUUUUGCAUAAUGUUCCAUUAUAAGAACCCUGACAUAUGUAUUUUUCAUGUGUCCUGUUUUAAAGCGGCAAUAUGACCACCUUACCAAAUGAUUAUUUUUCUUGAGACAUAGACAUGAAAAAACUGCUUUCAGAAUGUUAAUAAUUUGUUGUAAUAAAAUUUAAAGGUUGUUGUAAGGAAUGUAAAAUAUUUAUAUAUAGUGUAAUGCACGGUGCCCAAGUACAGUCCUUAACAUAGUCCUACGGCUCUGGUUUUAGGGUUAGCCCUGCUGGAAGUAAUUUAAUGCAAUUUAUACUGCAUUUUUUCCAGCAAAGAUAAUCCAUAAUCCAAAACUAUUGUUACAUUGGAGGGUUGUGUUUAAAGGGACAUAAAACCCAAUUUAUUUAUUUUUUUCUUUCAUGAUUCAGAUAGAAUAUACAAUUUUAAACAAAUUUCCAAUUUACUUCUAAUUUUAUUCAUUUUCUUGUUAUACUCAGGAGUGUAUCUAGAUCUCUUUUCAAUCAAGAAUAACAAAAGAACGGAGCAAAUUUGAUCAUAGAAGUAAAUUGGAAACUUUUUUAAAAUGGUAUGCUUUAUCUGAAUCAUGAAAGAAAAAAAUUGGUUUUAUGACCCUUUAAAUAUUGCUGGUUUAAUGGUGUCAAGUGGACUGAUCAAAAACAUAAAAAUGUCAAUUAUCGGUAAAACUAUCAAAUAUAGUCAGGGCAAUCUGUUUUAAUGUUGAAACUAGAACGUAUUAAAAUGUAUUAAAUUGAGCUUGUUCUGUUAAGAAUGAAAAUAAAAAUAUUAAAAGCUGGAAAAUGAA